GAAAAAAUGCACGAGCCACGUUAUGCAACGCACGAGCCACGGUAUGCAACUACGACUACAGUUGUAGAGACUACAGAAUACAUGGCACCAAGCGACUCGCCAACCUAUGAGGUUACCGUCCCAAAAGCAGAUUGUUCAUACUUACGAACACUUGGUGGGAUAAUGAAAUGUGUUUGCAUAGGAUUGUGUUUUCUCACAUUUCUUUGCGUUUUGAUAGGAGGACCCGGCUACUACACAGGCGCUGGAUGGGCUACAUUUGUCUCUUCAGUAGGUUUGUGCAUUAGCACAACGCUAUUGUUUCUGUAUGUAUUCCGAGUGGUUGAUGCUCUUCCACAAGUGCCUUGGAUCGUAGGAGAAAUGUGUUUCUAUUUCGCCUGGACUAUCUUUUUCUUCAUUGCGGCCUCUGUGUUGGCAGUGGCAGCGGCACGUUUCAAGGCUACAGGCGGCUGGGCCGUGGCAGCGUUUUUCGCCUUUGGUGCUAUGUGUGCGUACGGAUUCGAUUGUUACCUGAAAUUUCUUGCAUGGAAGAAUAAUGAG